AUCCUUGAUGGCAUCUCUCACUCGUCCAAUCCCUAUGCCCUAUCCAACGCUAUCAAGACCUGGAUCUGUGGACUUUCCUCUGGGAAAGAGCAGUGGCCCUCCUCUUGUGCUAUGUCUUCAGCUUUUGAUGGUAAGGAGGAGAUUUUUCUCUGCUAGGGAGAAGGGUGAUGCAUCUUCACCAGACUGGGCUUUGCUAUAUGUUGCAGCUGAAAACGAAGCCUUUAUGGCUUUCGAUCGAGACAUGGAUGCUCUCUCCCUAAUGAAUGAAAGGAGAGAUGCUUUGGUCCCUAUUUAAGAAAAAGGGUGGGAUUCCUUGGAAACUGUUCCAUUGGCUGGGAAGAGCAUAUCUGAGUGGUUGACUGGGUUGGAUGCUAUCGCCAAAGAAGUGGAAGCAGAGUUGGUUUCAAGAGACAUGGGUUGCCAUUUGGUGGAAGUGUUGGAGGCUGUAAAUUUAGUUCUUUUCGAAUCUCGUGGCUUUAAAAGGCUUCCCUUACUUCUAGACUCAAAGUUUUCAUACUUGCACACGGUGCUAAGCUCUGGAGGUGGCAGUGCAAUUUUCCUUGGCAUCGUUUAUAUUGAAGUUUGUCAAAGACUUGGUGUGAACAUUGUCGGUUCACGAGUUGGAGAGGAAUUUUUUAUUUGGCCUCAAACAGGGAACCCUGAGGAGCUCUUCAAGGUCUCAUCAGGGCACAGCUUGUUUGCCAUUGUUAAUGGAAGAUGUGUGGAGGAUCCUAGAUCAAAGGCAUCUGACUUGAAUAGCAGUUCUCUUUUAGGACUAGAUGGUGCAACCAACAAAGACAUCAUUGGGAUUGCUUUGGCUAAUUUAAUGAGGCUUCACUGGAAAUGUUCUUCAAGGAUGAACCAUGGAUUGAUACUGACGUCUCCACUUAGGCCUGUUAAAGGGAAAAAUGAUGGUCCAAAGGUUCCUUUGUUGCGGCCUCAAGAUUUGAGGUUGGCGAUCAUGGCAUCGAAAAGAUUGUUGAUUCUACAGCAUAAUUGGGCCCUAUGGAGAGACCAUGGCAUGCUUUUAUACUAUAAUAGGCAAAUACUUGUUUACACAAGGAAAUAUGGAGCAGCAGUCCAAGAACUUAGCAUCUGCAUGGCCUUUGCACCUGUAGAGGAAGCUGAAGUUCUAGAGCCAUUUGUUGAGAAAUUACAUUUAUUGCGGCUUUGAUUCAUCAUCAUCAUCAUGAUGGAAGGAGGAAGCUACUAUACUGGCUGGAAUGUAGUUCCUUGAUGUACUUUGUACGACAAUCUCACUAGGCUAUGGGAAGGGAGUCCUUCACACAGUCCACCCUCAAAUCCAAGGAUGUUGAUGGAUAUCCUCAGAGACAAUCUCUCCCAGUUGGGAGAGGCAAAAGAGAAUAAGGAGA